AUGUCGAAGCCUUCAUUCCCCAUUUCUCAAGCUAAGAAGUUGGAUGAAAAAUUCUCCAAAUUUCUUGAAAUCUUCAAGAGGGUGUACAUAAAUAUCCCUCUUAUCGAAGAUCUUCAACGAAUGCCAGGCUAUGCAAAAUUCUUGAAAGAGGUUGUUGCCAAGAAAAAGAGAUUGAUGGAUUACGAGACCGUCAACUUAGCUGAGAAUUGCAGUGCUAUCAUGCAGCAAAAGAUCUCAAAGAAACAAAAGGAUCCGGUUUGGGAUUUUGAAGCCAACUACAGUAAUCUACGAAUGGCGGAUGGAUCUGUGAAGCAUCUCAAUGGGCUUCUUGAGAACGUGUUGGUGAGGAUAAAUGAUUUUAUCUUCCUAGUGGAUUUCAUCGUUCUUGAUAUGAAGGAGGAUCCCAACAUCCCAUCAAUCCUUGGUAGACCAUUCCUCGCAAUUGGAAAGGCUUUAAUUGAUGUGACUAAAGAAGGGCCCACCCUACGCCAUGGAAACAAGUCUGUGAUUUUCGGCAUGUUCAAAAAGAUGAAAUGUUACGGAGUGGAAGAGAUCAAAAUAGUCGAGGAUGAGCCAGAAAAGGUCAUGGAAUGUAAGGCCAUACAUAUAGUACAAAAGUUCACACGUAAAGAUCACAAGUCCAAACCACCUUUCGAGGAAAUUCCAAUUCCCUAG